UACCAGUGUCUCGCGCCAGACAUAUCGGCGAGGAUGCCAGUUGCGGCGAGAGGCGAAUUCUGAUUUCAGAACGAACAAAUGCGAAAGCGAGAAAAGAGAGUAAUCGAGUUCUAAUUCCUCGAGUUGGAAAAAAAAGGCCGCCAGGGGUAGUAGAGUAGAGAACGGGUUGGGUUGGUUGAAAGGGAGGUUUGGCGGAUGGAAGCACGGCAGUGAUCGGUGGUCAUUUGGAUUUCCCGACCUCCGAAAACUUUUGAGCCAACUUCUCGCAGCUCCCGCAUUUCUGAACCUCCGCUUUCCACCCACUCCCAUCUACGGAAUCCCAAUCUUUUGUCGAGGAUCUUCACACCUAGUGCUCACAACUCCUCUUUUCGUCUCUCGAACGCUCCUCCUCUUUUUUACACACUCGAGUCCUUUCCCGACUACUAUCCAUCAUGGUUCAAUUCUCCGAAGAGACCAAGGAGCGCGUUUCCAAGGUCAUCGAUAUUUCUCGCGUUGCGAUCCACUACGGUUACUUGCCUCUGAUCAUCUACCUUGGUUACUCCUACAGCGAGCCCAAGCCGUCUCUUUUCAAGCUUUUCUCUCCUCUGGCAUAAGCGUGGCGCUUUAGCGCAUUCAACUGGCACCAGAAUGACCAUUAGCCGGCAACAUUGAGGGAUCCGCCGCAGUCCAGCCAAUUGGCCCCUUCUCUCACGAUUGGCUCGCCCUACGACGAAGCCCAAUAUUCCCUUUUCUUGGCAGCGUUUGGAUCAUACCUCGGUGGCUUGAUAUAGGGUCGGGGGGCGAGCUGUACAAUCCACCCUUCAGUCUAUGAUAUGUAUUUUUAAAUGGAAAAUUGGAUGUUAAUUGAUUUCGGGUUGCAAUCCCUUGCCG